AUGAUGUUGGCUAAGCUGAGGUAUGCACCGGGGCAAUAUAAUCCAAACUUCUGGAUUCUUUUACAUGAGGUGUAUAUUGCCUGGUGGUUUACUGGAUUAAGGGAGCCAACAUUUGAGCAGUUUAUGUAUCUUUAUUCGAUCUCCAAGCAACAUAGAAGUUUUGGCUGGGUACAUGCUAAUUGCCGAAAGGCAAACGAGAGAGGUUCGGUGAAGUGGGGGUCGAUUUCCAAGGAGCAAGAAGAUGAAGUUGAGAGGGUGAGAUCAUUGCUAUCAGAGACCGAGCGUGAUUACCGAAACCUAGUCACCCAGAAGAAUCUGUUUGAGUCCGGCCUUUUGCAAGGAAUGGCAGGUGUUAUAAAGGGAAGCACAAAGGUGGUUGUGGAUCUUGAUGAGGCCGAGAUGCAGAGGCGACUUAGGGAGUCUCGGGCGAAGAAGGCGGAGAAGGGGGGUGCCAGGCAGGCGACUAGAAAGCGCCUUAGAGAUGACGAUGAAAGGUUGGUUGCCGACGUGCUGGGGAAGAAGAAUGCGUUGGAGGAAGCUCACCAGAGUGUGAUGGGGACAGAGUCAAGGCUUCCUUCCUUUAACCUACAGGCACCGUCGAAGCUCUCCUUCGGUAUGGAGGAUGUGUUUGCUGAAGGGAUGGAGAAGGUGGACUUCUCCGUGCUGUGUUGGCAGAAGAAGGAGGUGAACCUGGCCAUGCAUCGGCGAGAGGUUCCCUUGGUGAACGUCUUCCUAGAAGGCAUAAAGAGUGACCCCGAGGCUCUGGCGAGGACACAAGCAUCUUCCUUUGCAGAUUGGGCCUAG